AUGCAGGAAGAAUGUGCAUGUGAGAAAUCGAGAGAGAGGAGGAGGAGGAGGGGGAGGAGGAGGAGGAGGAGGGGAGUAGUGGUGGAGGAUGAGAAGAACGGAGUGGGAAGGAGGAAGGGGGAGGACGAGGAGGACGGAGUGGGACAGGAGGAAGGGGGAGGACGAGGACGGGAAGGAGAGGUGGUCAACGCGCUUGAGGACGCGAGGAAGUUAGAGGUCAGCCUGUCGUACUUGCUAGAGGCGUACACAGACAAGUUCGAAGCGUUCAAGCGGCUGGAGGAGAACGAUGGAACGAGGAUCGAUCAGUCGCUGCUGAGCGCGGAGGAGAAGGAGGAAGUGGACGAGGUAGAAAAGAAAGUGGAGAAGGGGGAGGAAGAGAAGGAGGAGGGGCAAGUGUCAGGGAUGGGCGAGAAGGACAGGCAGAAGUGGAGGAAGAUGAACGAGCUUGAGAGCAGCUUGAACAAUCUCGAGAAGAUGCUGGAGAGUUCGCUGAUGGAAAACAAACUCUACAAGAGGAUGAUCGACCGAGAGAGAGAGGAUAAGAGGACGAUGAUGAGGAGGCUGGAGGGGUACGAGGAACUACUUGCUUCUUCCUCCCUAUCCUCCUCCUCCUUCUCCUCCUCUCUGCUGGAGAGCAGGUGGGGCUGGAUGGAAACUUUCUCCCCUCUUCUCAAGCAUGUCUCCUUGCACGUCAAGAUUCGACUCAAGAGCAACUUGACCAGCAGGGAAGCCAAGGAGCUGCUGGAGGAGCUUUACAUCAUGCUCGGUGCUGAGACAGGAAGACUCUCAUGGCAGGGAGGAGGAGGAGGAGGAGGAGAACGAGGAGGAGGAGAACGAGGAGGAGGAGAUGCAUUGCGGCUGGUCGUCUUUGCUCGACCGUCUUCCUGUCGGUCUUCUUUUGCCCUCGUGGUCGAUCUCUUCAAGUUCUGUGACCUUGGCAACUUCCUUACGAAUCAGCGACAUGCGCGGAAGAUCAUCAAGGCAGAAGUAGUUGACGUGGUGCUGGAUCAUGAGGAGGAGGAGGAGGAGGAGGAGAGGAAGAGGAGGAGUGAGGAGACAACUCCCGCUGCUGGGGCAAUGGCGGCAAUGCAGGCAGAUGCGAUCAAAGUGCGACAUGCGCGACUGAGGGGGAGGAUCCUGGUGGAGGAGAUCAGGAGCGUGAAGACGUUCGUCGUCGAGCUGCAGCAGGCGAUGAGCCGACAGGGGAAGAGGACGCGAGACGCUGAGACUCAAUGGGUCGAGGGGCAGGUGGAGGCAGAAAAACUUCCCGGGCAAUUGGAGGAGGUGAAAACUGUGGAGGAGGCGAUGGGGAAGAGACAAGAAGGAAUCGCGCGGGAGGGACAAAAUCAGAAGAAGAGAGAAGAUGAGAAGAAGAUGGUGGAGGUAGCGAGGGAGCGAGACGAGAUGAAAGAUCAAGUCGACGUGAUGAACGUGACAAUGAAGAAGAAGCUCGAGAUGCUGAAGGUGGACCUCAGAAAGCUGACGGCUGACAAACACCAGCUGGAGGAGGAGCUGGGGGAGAUGAAGGCUCGCGUGAGGAUACAGAGCGAGCAGAUCACCGUGUUGCAGAGGAAGCUGACGAGUGAGAGGAGGGAGGCGACGGGAGACUGGGGACGAGAGCUGGAGAAGGCAAGCUGA